UACUGUACUACCUUAAUUUCCUUCUCACUCUCUUCUUUGAGACUUGAGAGACUUAAAAGAAGAGAGUGAGAAAAGAAGCAUGAAGAAUAGCAUCAGAUGCUGCAUCUCUUGCAUUCUUCCAUGUGGAGCUCUUGAUGUUAUCAGAGUGAUACAUUCAAAUGGACAUGUUGAAGAAUUCAGCCACACAAUUCGAGCCAGUGAGGUAAUGAAGGCAAAUCCAAAGCAUGUGUUGAGGAAACAAUCCUCUCCAUCUGAGACUGACAAUGGUGUUGUUCCAAAGAUUGUGAUUGUACCACCAGAUGCAGAGCUUCAACGUGGGAAGAUUUACUUCCUCAUGCCUGUAUCUUCGCUACCGGAGAAGAACCCAUCGGGAUCGACAGCAAGACGGAGGAGGAGAAGAGAACAGGACAGCAAUGGAAGUUCCAUUUCAAUGACAAAACUACUUAUUUCUGAGCAGUACUUGAGUGAGAUCCUUUCUGAAAAGAUAUCCACACAAAGGGAUCGAAGGCGAGGGCGUGUUGGUGUCUGGAGACCCCAUUUGGAGAGCAUAUCGGAGACUCCAUCUGAUCUUUAAGAAUUAGUACUUUUUGAAUCUCUUUGUAUAUAAACAUCAGAUAUCAUAUUGGUUCUGUUUUAAGUUUU